AUGUCCCGACCGGGCGGCGUCGUCCAGAUCGAUGAGCAGGACGAGACGUGCCCGGUAUGCAAGACGACGCGGUACUUCAACAAGGACAUGGAAUUCAAGAUCAACCCAGAAUGCUACCACCGGAUGUGCAAGACGUGCGUGGAGCGCAUCUUCCGCGACGGGCCUAACCAGUGCCCGUACGCGACGUGUAACAAGACGCUCCGGCUCCGCGGCUUCAAGACGGCCUUCUUCUCGGACCUUUCGGUUGAGCGCGAGGUCGACGUGCGGCGCCGCGUGGCUGCCAUCUUCAACAAGGUCGAGGACGACUUCGAGACGCUGAAGGACUACAACGACUACCUCGACAUGGUCGAGUGCCUGACGUCGGACCUGGUGUCUGGCGCCGAGCCCGCCCGCCGCUCCGCCGAGGCCAAGCUCUCGGACUGGGAGGCCCAGCACAAGGCCGAGAUCGAGCGCAACCGCCGCCUGGCCCGCGAGACCGAGGAUGCCCGGCAGCGACGCCUGGCCGCCGAGGCCGAGGACGCCCGCCGUCGCCGCCAGCAGGACCUCCAGGCCGACGCCGACGACAAGGCCAGCGCCCUUCGCCUCCGCGAGGAGAUGCUCGACUCCCUGCAGACGGCCGACGUCGGCCACGCAACCGAGGCCAUCGACCGCGUCAUGCUCAAGAAGCGCGGCCAGGCCAGGCGCGACGCCGCCGCCGCAGCGGCACCCCCCACCAGCUCUGCAGGCGGUCUGUCCAUCCGCGGUCUGCGCAACAAGAAGGCCGCCGCCGCCGCCGCCGUCGACGACGGCCCCUACGACCCCUUUGGCGGCGUCGACACCACCCCUUCCCGCUACGACCUGUCGUCCGACAGACUCGGCGAGUACAGGAAUGAGUGGCUCGACGUCAUCCGCACAAAGGACGACUGGAAGGUCGGCGGCUACAGCUCCGACGAGUACCUCUCCCGCGCACUGUUCGACGCCUUUUCCGGCCUGGGUGUCUUUGUCGAGGAUGAUUUGCCAAAAGUUACUGCCACUGCUUGA